AAAUAAUAAUAAUAUUAUUAUACUGCUGAUUGCCGAAUAUUGUAUAGUGUAUAUCUAUUUAAAUAAGUAAUUAAUUUAAAUAAAUUGUACGUUUUUAAGUGAAUCUUAGAAAUUGUUUAAUUCAGAUAUUUGUGUAGAUAGUUCACAAUGCCCCGGUUAAAAAAGAAGUCAUUAGAAACAAAAGCGCGGAUAUCGCGAAUGAAACGUGCAGAAAAACGAAGAGAACAAAUAUUAUACCUCAAAACACAGGCUGAAGAAAUGGAAAUUUUAUGUCGUGGUGUAAGAAGCGAAGGUGCUCUUGUGCCUCCUAUCAGACAGACCGCUUCAAUUUUUAAACAACCAGUUACUGUUUAUAAGAAUCAAGAGGGUAAAGUUAAAUCUGAUUUUAAACACGGCAGACAAGAAAAACCGAGACAAGUUUUCUGGGAAAAAAGGUUGGAAGGAAUCAGAGCUUCAGAAAAAGAUGGUUAUGAAUUAGGAACUAGGUGGACUGGAUUAUUGCGGCCAGCUGGACCACACGUUAGAGAUGAAACUUUGCUACAAAGUGUUGCUACUGCUUUACAUGUUUGUGCUGUGCCAGUGACUGGACAACCUCCAAUGAGAUCUCAAUAUGAUAAAGAAAUUGUAUACCGGAUUCCAGAUCAACCGCUUGUACAAGAAGUUAAUAUUACAAUAGAGGAUAUCAAAAGUCAAGAAGACCGAGUAAUAGCAGCUAGAAAACGACUCCAAGAAAUAAUGGGAAAAAUCAAGUAAAAGUAAUAAUGGGAAUGUAAACAUUUAAACUUUUUGCACAUUUUUAUCACUUUUACAAUUUUGUUCAAAAAUGCAUUAAUUAAUAACAAUAUACACUUUAUAUGUUUGUGAUUUUUUUUUCAAUGAUAAUUAAUUUUACUUAAAUAGUUUUAAGUUUAAUUUCUUUAUAUUAAACCAUUAUAAAUGUAUUGUUAAUACUAAUACAUGGUUAAUUAUGGACUUAAUUUUAUAAGUAUUAAAUAACUUUAUAUAAUCAAAAUCAAAUGAUUGUUUUUCAUUAUAUUACUUGUAAAUAACU